AUGGAUCGUGUUUAUAUUUUUGCAAUUGUCGGUGGACUGUUUGGUGGUCUUGUCACUAGUCUUCGUCUUAUUGUUCCGGUUGCUGCAAAACUUUUCUACUGGAUUAUCCUUCGUCAACGUCGACGUCGAGCAAAUAUCCAUAAUCAACAACGUGAUAGGCAUGAAGAACCACUACGAAUCGGUCCACCAGGUCUCUUUUUACCCGGUCUUGUUGUUGGAUGUUUACCAUAUGAUGGACUUCGUAUGUCCACACUUGAAUGUUUCUUCUCAUCAAGUUGUAUCUCUACCAUCCUCACUUAUCUUGAAUACUACACACAAAUGGAUGGCUCACCACCUACAGAUUUCGUUCCACCGAAGGUAUUACCCUUGACUAUAUCUCCAUUAGACAGCUCAAUACCUUCAAAUUUUUCAAAGAACACUUCAAUCGGUACACUCUUAGACGAAUACUUUCUCGAAGGGUGGACAUAUACAGCGUCAUACGAAGCUUAUUUUGCUGCGUGUGCACCAUCUCACUGUAAUUUUGAAUAUGCUACACGCAAUAAUCUCUUGCACGCGGCUACAUCAGUACUUGGUCUCUAUGGUGGUCUUACAAUUGGCUUACGAUUCAUCAUCUGGAAUGUCAUAAGACUUUAUCGAUGGAUGAAAAGGCGUAUUCGUUCUCGUCGAGUUACUGUUCAAUCAUGA